UUUAUUUUAUAUGCAUAUAUACCCAAAAUGAUUGAAAAUGGUGCCUGGGAUUGGCCGUUGAUUGGAGGCGAUCACAGGUCAUAAAGGAGAUCGUGAUUCCACCAAAAGAUUCUCUCCUUACAUAUGUCGAAUUCUCUCCUCGGCUGUCCGACCCCUCUGUGUUUUUCUCCUCCAAUCUAGGGUUCCUCCGAAUAUCCCUUUUUCUCUUUCUUUGUUUGAUUUUUUUUUUGUCGCAUUUUGUUGCUUUGACAGAGGAAAAAGCGUUCUCUCGAAUUUUCUGGACUUGGGGUUCUCUCAAUUUCUCGCCUUUUCUCCGCUGCAUCCAAUCCUCCUGUAUGUUCAACCACUCAUUCUUCUGUUCUCGUUGAAUCUCCAGAGUGUGAUUCGCCGACGAUGACGAUUCCUGAUUCUGGAUUCAUGAUGGACAACGGAGUGUGUGAUUUGCCGUGCACUCCCGAGGAGGAGAGACGUAUCGUGACGGAGCUUACGAGCGAAUCGGAGGCCAAUUUGAAGGAGGGAAACUUGUAUUUCGUGAUCUCCAACAGGUGGUACACUAGCUGGCAGAGAUAUGUUGGGCAACUGACCGAUGAAUGUUCUAGUGGAGAGCCUUCGGAGGUUACAAGGCCUGGACCAAUUGACAAUUUCGACAUUAUUGAAAGUGAAAGUGACACUAGUGAUCCACAGCUUAGUAGGAUGUUGGAGGAAGGGGUAGAUUACGUCCUAGUUCCUCAAGAAGUUUGGAAAAGACUUGUGGAAUGGUAUAAAGGAGGCCCUCCAAUACCAAGAAAACUGAUCUGUCAAGGGUUUUAUAGUAAGACUUAUAGUGUAGAGGUUUACCCACUCUCUCUUACACUGACUGAUGGAAGAGACGGAAGUAACAGUGUCAUACGGUUAAGCAAACAGGCUUUUGUAAGUGACCUUUAUUUGAAGGUGUGUGCUCUUAAAGGGGUAGCACAAGAAAAGGCUCGAAUCUGGGACUACUUCAAUAUGCAGAAAAGCGUACUCUUGGAGCAGUCAUCUUAUAAAACCCUGGAGGGAUCAAACCUUCAAAUGGACCAACAUAUUCUUUUGGAAGUUGAUGAGCCCUCUUCUUCUCAAUAUAGCAUGGGCGUGAAGGGAAAUGAGCUAGCUCUGGUACCUCUUGAACCUUCAAGGUCGACUGUUACGAUUGCUGGGGGCCCUACCUUAUCCAAUGGCCACUCCAAUAGCUCCAAGUUUAGUCUCUUUCGGAAAAGUACAUCUGAAGAUGAUGGCUGCAAUUCAUAUGGUGCUCUCGGAAAAGGAGAGAGGGGGGGUCUAGCCGGACUCCAGAAUUUGGGAAAUACUUGUUUCAUGAAUAGUGCUAUUCAGUGUUUGGCCCACACACCCCCCAUUGUCGAAUAUUUCUUGCAAGAUUACAGUGAUGACAUAAAUGCAGAGAAUCCUUUGGGAAUGUGUGGUGAGCUUGCUCUCGCAUUUGGUGAGUUGUUGAGGAAAUUGUGGUCAUCUGGACGUAAUGCAGUUGCACCACGCGCUUUUAAGACAAAACUUGCUCGAUUUGCUCCACAGUUUAGUGGAUAUAAUCAGCAUGAUUCUCAAGAACUGCUUGCUUUCCUAUUGGAUGGGCUGCAUGAAGAUUUGAACAAGGUAAAACGAAAACCUUACAUUGAGGUUAAAGAUUCAGACGGUCGUCCAGAUGAAGAAGUUGCGGAAGAGUGUUGGAACUAUCACAAGGCUCGAAAUGAUUCUGUGAUAGUUGAUGUCUGCCAAGGACAAUACAAGUCAACACUGGUUUGCCCAGUCUGUGGAAAAAUCUCAAUCACCUUUGACCCCUUUAUGUACCUGUCACUGCCGUUGCCCUCAACUGUUACUCGAUCAAUGACAGUUACAGUGUUUUACGGUGAUGGAAGUCGCCUGCCAAUGCCAUACACUGUAACAGUUCCUAAGCACGGUUCUUGUAGAGAUCUCAACAUUGCAUUGGGAACUGUAUGCUGCUUAAACAGUGAUGAGACCCUUCUACUUGCAGAGGUCUAUGAUCACAAGAUCUUUAGAUAUUUUGAGAAUCCCGUGGAGUCACUGAGUGUAAUAAAAGAUGAUGAGCAUAUUGUGGCGUAUCGGUUUAACCAGAGACAAAAAGGGUUGGGAAAAGCCAAACUUGAAAUCCUUCACAGAAGGCAGGAAAGGUCUGUUUUGGUGGAGAGCGUUAGAGGCGGAGACAUUAAGCUUUUCGGCACUCCUCUUGUCACUUAUAUCAAUGCAGAACCACUAACUGGAACUGACAUUGACUCAAUUAUCUCUAGAUUGCUGUCACCUUUACAACGGGUUCAUGCGGUAUCUAAGGUUCAGAAUGGAAAAGAAAACGGCCAUCUUUCUGAAGCUGCUGAUGAAUCAUCAGGAAGCGUUUCAUCUACAGAUACUGAGCUGGAGGAUGCACCUGACAGAGAGCUAUCCCUCAGAGUAUUUUGGACAGACGAACGCGGUUUGAACGUCAAGCCGCUUCAGUCUGACUCUGUUGUGAAUCCCGGAAGUGUUACAAGAAUUUUGGUCGAAUGGAAUGAGAACGAGCAUGAAAAAUACGACGGCAGCUACUUAAAUGACUUGCCUGAGGUCCACAAAACAAGUUUCUCCGCAAAGAAGACAAGACAAGAAGCUAUAUCUUUGUUUUCGUGCAUGGAGGCCUUUUUAGCAGAGGAGCCUCUGGGCCCAGAUGAUAUGUGGUAUUGCCCACAUUGCAAGGAGCAUAGACAAGCCAACAAAAAGCUAGACUUGUGGAAGUUGCCCGAUAUUAUUGUGUUCCACCUGAAACGAUUCACAUAUAGCAGAUAUCUGAAGAAUAAGAUUGAUACAUUCGUCAAUUUCCCAAUUCAUGAUCUAGACUUGAGCAAGUAUGUGAAAAACAAGGAUGGCCGGUCAUACGUUUAUGAGCUGUAUGCUGUAAGCAAUCAUUAUGGUGGCCUAGGCGGUGGUCAUUACACUGCCUAUGCUAAGUUGAUUGAUGACAACAGAUGGUACCAUUUCGACGACAGUCAUGUUUCUCCCGUAAGUGAAUCUGAAAUCAAGACCUCGGCUGCAUACGUUUUGUUCUACCGAAGAGCGAGAGACAGAUCAGGGGCUGACUUGGAUUAGACGAAGGAAUCUUUAUUUCCACAAUGGCCAAAAACAAGUUCGAUGCUCUGUUCAAGAUUCAUCAUUGGUCUGGUGCAAAGUUCGUCGCUUUGUUCAAGAUUCAUCGGUCUCGCCCAUAUCAGGUGAUGACCCUCUACUGUUCUUUCUAUGUCAAGCCAAUCCCCAUAGUAUAUCUUUGUGGAGGGCUAAACCCUGAAACUAUAUAUGCGUGGGGGUAUCAUUGGGCAAAAAAGGUGGGUUUAGCUUAUGAGAUUUGUUUAUUUAGGGAUUUUUCACAAUAGAGGUGGAAAUUUUUUGGGGGGCAGUGGUGAAAAUUGCAAAGUAGUUUAGAGAUGGGAGAAUAGUUGAUGUGUUUGUUGUUUUCUUUUUAAUUUUUGUGAUUGUGCAAUAUUUCGAACUGUACUAAGCGGAUGCAGAUGUUGUUCGGAGA